AUGCUCGAAAUGCAGGCCACCCAGAAGAACGCCGAGGCGGUCGACGUGGUCGCCCUGCGGAUCAAGGCCAUCGACAAGUCCUUGACCGACGGCGGGUGGAUGAGGGCCCAGCUGCUGGAGUUGAUCCCGCAGGAGGGCGCUGGUCUACUCGAUCGCGACGAAGAGGUGGCCAUCGCGAGGGACGCGAGGGUCGAGCAGGAUCUUCGGACGGGUUGGAGCAGGGGCCGCGUCGAGAGCGAUUAUCGCCCAAAAGGCAAGAAGGGCGAGGGGAAGGGCAAGGCCGGCAAGAGGCGGCACAGGCUGAUCGGCGGCAAGGCCAUCUCCCCGCUGAGGACCGUGAGGGCGCGAUCUCCGUCCAGCCUCCCAGGACCUUCUGCCCAUCCCCGUCGCGGCGGUCAGGGCCAUCAGCCCGAGGGAUCUCCUCAGCCGCAGGGUCGUGGACGCCUGCGCCCAGGAGGACGUGGACCACGCGAAGCACCUAUAGGACAACGGGGUGAGUCAAUGGACUUACAACAUCUGCACCGCCCUCAACUUCCACUACGUCGCGGGCUACGCGGGACCUGCGAGGCACGCGCCGAGUGCGAGACUAUCGGGGCCGCAGCUCUUGCUCGUCCGGCAUGUCGCUGGUGCCGUCGCGUCGUUCGUGAGCCGGCAACCUGA